AUAGCUGCUGCUGACCACAGGUAGGGACGACGGUCUGGAUUCACCCACGCCGCCGUGUAAAUCCGGGAAAUCCGAUGGCUAUAACAGUGAUCGCCGAUGUACCUCUCCUCGCCCCCGAUCUGCCAUCAUGCAAGAAGAGAUUCAACUUGGCCGUCCUCUGUCGAUCUCCAUCGCACCUGAUGCCGCCAUUGCUGCAACCGCAUUGCUCAGCGGCGAGCAAGGUCGGCAGGAGCUUAAUGGUGAUGUUUGGCAGAUUCCAAGGCUCAGAAUGGCUGAAUCCGGUCGUGUGGAGGAGUUAGAGCGAUUCUGUCAAUAUGUUGCCAGGCAAAUUGGUUUUGAAGACAUUAGCGAGUGUCCUCAGCUAGGUAAAUUAGCCUAUGCCUAUAUGAGGAAGACGAAGGGAUAUGAGGAACAUAUUUUCUCUUUCUUCUCCAAUGAGCCAGAUCCUGAGGCUUUAUGUGUGGAACUCAUAGACGAACUAGACAAAUGCAUUCUGGGAUAUUUUGCAUUUCAUUGGAGACAUGCAACUUUUCUGAUUAGCCAGAUUCUGGAUGCUGAUGCCAAACCUGUUGGGAAACUAAAGAACAUGAUUAUGGAGGCUACUAGAAAACUGAGGUUUGAAAAGGUUACAAGGAACUUGAAGAUGACAAGGUUGUUCUCGACGUUGGUGGAUGAGAUGAAAGCCAUCAGAAUUGGACCUCAGGAAGGUGUUGGAGAUAAGGAAGUGAUGAUCCCAGCAGCCCACUGUGAUAGGAGUCCGGUUCUCCUUUUGAUGGGCGGUGGAAUGGGUGCGGGAAAAAGCACUGUACUCCAAAACAAAUUACUUAAAGAAGCAUUUUGGUCGAAAGCAGCAUCAAAUGCAGUAGUAGUUGAAGCAGAUGCAUUCAAAGAGACAGACGUUAUUUAUCGUGCCAUCAGCUCUCGUGGUCAUCAUAAUGACAUUAUUCAAACAGCUGAGCUGGUGCAUCAAUCUUCUAUGAAUGCAGCAUCAUCCUUGUUGGUGACCGCUCUGAAUGAAGGAAGGGAUGUCAUCAUGGAUGGCACUCUCUCAUGGGAGCCAUUUGUGGUGCAAACAAUAGCCAUGGCGAGGGAAGUCCAUCGCCGACGCUACCGGAUGGGCCCCGGCUAUCAUGCAGCACAAGACGGCUCAAUCAUCGAAAGCUAUUGGGAGCCGGUCGAAGAUGAUGAGUGCAAUGUUGUGGAAGACGGCGGAACCCGGAAGCCUUACAGGAUAGAGCUUGUUGGAGUUAUCUGUGAUGCAUACCUUGCAGUUGUCAGAGGCAUCAGGAGGGCUAUAGUGAUGGGCAGAGCAGUUCGAGUGAAGCCUCAGCUCAGUUCCCACAAAAGGUUCGCCGCUGCCUUUCGCAACUAUUGCCAGCUUGUGGACAACGCCAGGCUAUACUGCACCAACACCAUCGCUUCACCCAAGCUAAUAGGGUGGAAAGACGGUGAGAGCGCACUGCUGACAGAUCCAAUGGAAAUAAUGUGGUUGGAUAAAGUGAGCCAACUGAACGAAGACGCGGACAAUGUGAACGAGCUGUACCGAAACCCACCUUCUGCUCCUCCUACUCCUAAGAGUAACCCCACAACCAGCCCUAAUACCUUAUGGGAAGAUGCUGUGCUGUGCCCCUCCAGACUCUCUACCCAGCAGCACCUCAAGGCCCUGCUCCACUCAGUUUGAAACCCCCCACACCACCCCACCCCACCAGGCAUUUCUCUCUCUCUCUCAAUGUGUAGAUCAAAUUAAUUAGAUUUGAACCACUUUUAAUGUUUCUACUAAAUGAUAUCUCAUACUAUUGAGGCUUGAGAAAUGCUCCUUCAGGGAAUAUAAGCUUCUUCUAUUGAGGAUUGGGGUUGAAGAAGGUUAAAAGAAUGUUUUUUAUUAGUGAAAUUUCCAUCCCAAUUCUUAUGCAAUUACCUUUCUCAACACCCAAAAUCUCAUUUUUACAAACCUACCACCCAACUUAUCUUUUUCAACACUCUCCAACACUAAAAUUCACAUUUUGAUCUACUUUUAUUCAUUAGGAGAUUGUUGAUUUUGUAAAAAUGAGAGUUUGGGUGUGAGAUCAGUAAAUGCAUAAAAAUUUGGUGCUGUGUAUCUAAAUUUCCGUUUCU